ACGAUGCCAUUAAAAAACUCAACACGGAAAGUUAUACUGAAAAUGAGGGAGAGAGGGCUGGGAAAAUACAAUAAAACAGCCUAGUUGUAUUGUGGCUUCACCUAGCCUGUGCUCCAUCCAGACCCCUAACUUGAAAGUUAGGGGUCUGGAACACAGGCUAGGCUUCGCCAAGCAAGGUGAGAGCCACGCUAUGCCAAAACCUUAAAUACCCCUAGAUUAACCAAGGGAAUGAAAACGCCACUUAAAUUUUAUUUAAUCAUCAUUUAAUGCUUAAGGGUCCUGGGUCUUAGGGUCUAAGGGACUGAUUUUACAGUAUGCCAUUUUGUUUUGUCGUUUUGGGUUGUUCCCACAUCAGUGGUUGUUCCUGCUCGGACGACCUCCUUCGCAAAACGAGAUCGUCUGAACGAGACAGCAUUCGCAAAUACAAUAUGGACGAACGGUUAUUGCGCGGGAAGACGAAUAGUGAGCAAGUGGGUUAUAUCUGGAAGUUUCUGGAUGAAUUAGCCGGAAAUGAUCCAGAAAAGUACAAUGAAUUUAUAAAGAAGACGCUUGAGGAUGGAGAGAAGCAAGGGCUAGGCCCACCAAGCCACUGUUUUGUGAUUCAAACAGAAAAGGUCCCAAAAAUAAUACCCGUUCGAGAUUUUUUCAUAAAUGUUUGCAAAUGGAAGCAAGUACCUCCACCAGAAUCGGAUCACGAUCCAAUCAAGAUCAUUGCCAGUGAGCUCAGGGAAGAGUUGAUCAGCAGCAACUUUUGUUAUGUAAUUGAUGUUGCCAUAAACCCUGAUGUAGUAGAACAAUGUAUGCAGAAAACAGAAGAAAAGAACAUGUUAUUGGAGUUGACACUGAGGUAUGUUGAAGCAGUGACAAAUUUGAAAUUAGAAACUGAUUGCAAAAUGAUAGAAAAUGAUUACAAAGGAAACAAGGACAAUCUCCUUGAUAUGAUGUGUCCCGAUGUUUUGAAGAAAUCAGUAAAGGACUACAGGAAUCCGAUUUCAGAAGAAAAGAUUUUAAAAAAGCUGAAGAAUGUGGACCUGAAUGAGAAGAAGAUGCCUUCUUUGGACAUUGAGAAAUCAGACACGGCAAACAGCAAACCAAAUGAAAUUUUACUACCAAGUGAUGUUGUGUCAAAAAAUGAACUGUUCUUGCAUGAAGCAAGUACUUCAAAAAACAUAGAACACAAAGAAAGUGACACAUCAAACGAGAAAAAGGACAGUGUAACAAGCAAAGCGAAUAAUUUAAAAAAGCCUCAUUAUAUUGAAAGGUCAGAAGUUUGCGGUCAAGAUGUGUUUAAAUGUAUCGAAAUUGAUUUACCUGAUGUAACAAAGAUAAAAGACUGUGAAUUAGAUAUUGGAGAUGACUUUCUGACGCUCCAAGUUCCUGGAAAAUAUCAUCUUUUCUUGGAACUGGACAAGAAAAUUGACGAAGAAAAUACAGAAGCAUAUUUUGUCCGAAAGAACAGUAAGCUAGUUGUGAAGAUGAAAAUAGUAUGAAAAAGUUUCUUAUUACUUGUAGAAAUUUUGAUCAAUUUUAUGGAACAUUAUCGAAGUUUUAUCAAAUCAUGAAUACAUACUUACCUUUGAUGUCAAUUAGUUCAUGGAGCAGAUAUGACAUAAAGCCAGAAAUUUCCAAUCUUUUGACAAAUUCUGUGAAAGGAAAGCAAAAUGCAAACCUAAUAAUAGGUGAUAAGUUGUAACACCGUGUCAUUAAAGAAAAUGUUUUUAGUUUUUAUGCCCUAAAUGAUCUUUAUUUCGAAGAUUUGCCCUAGCUCUUAAUUGGGCAUGAGGUACCCUGUUAUCAAAAAAUUCAUCUUUUAGAUGGGAUGGUUUUCAUGAAAGCGUGCAGGAAACAAAAGUUUUAGGGAAAUAUGCGUGUGCCCUCGCAAAUUUAAUGUACAAAAAGAUCAAGUUUGAUGUAUUAUUGUCAUCUGUACGUUUAACGAAAAUCCAUCAAGUUUACGAGGAAGGAAUUAAGUAUAGUAACGUGAAAACGGGGCAACAACUAAGCUAUGCGGCCCCCUCGUCCUUCACCCUCCAGUCUCCGCUACAUACGAUUUUGUGCCCUAUUGCUGUCGUUGUUUAAAGCAAUUGACAAAAACUGAACUGGCAUAAGCCAUCAAAUUUGACCAAUCGAUUAGCGUAACACUACUGGACAUACAUUUAUAAAAGCUUUAGAUAGUUGAAGUGUUUAUCCAGUUUGAAUAUUCGUUAAUUAUUAUUAUUAUUAUCGCUCAUUCAUUGGUCAAUCUUGAUUGACUGAUGGCUUAAAUCACUUUUGUAUCUAUCUAUUGCCUUAAAAUGCGUUUUCUAAAUGCACAUAUAUUAAAGCACAGAAAAGCUACACCGUA